ACAUCCUUUCUUCUCAAUGAAUGACUCUUGACUGGAGUGUAGGAUGUUGUGGUGCACAUUAUUUGGCAGGAAGUCAGCCCGCGUCCGUGGCUAGGGCGCAUGCGCCGCCCGUUCAGGCCGACGGGGACCUCACUAUCUGGCAAGGGGACAAGGACGAGGCGGCCAAGAGAUGGAAGGGCAGCCAGCCGCUAUGGCUUCGGCGCUCGGCGGCGCGGGCUGUCCGAGCCCGGCGACCCCACCAACCCUGGAGAAAAUCACCUCAGAAAACUCCCCGGAGCCGGAUUCCUACACGGUGCCGGGGAUUUUACACUUCAUCCAGCACGAAUGGACGCGGUUUGAGAUGGAAAAGGCGCGAUGGGAAGCGGAAAAAGCCGAACUGCAAGCACGUGUAGCCUUUCUACAAGGAGAGAGGAAAGGUCAGGAGAAUCUGAAGAAGGAUCUGGUUCGGAGAAUUAAGAUGCUGGAAUAUGCCUUAAAGCAGGAAAGGACAAAAUACCACAAGCUGAAGUAUGGAACGGAACCAGUUCAAGGUGACUCAAAGAUAGAUACAGCAGAUUCUGUUAUAAAUAAUGGCCCCGAUACAUCAACUGUGGAACAGAAUAGUCCAUUAUCUUGGAAAGAAGGGCGGCAGCUGCUGAGGCAAUAUUUGCAAGAAGUGGGUUAUACUGACACUAUCUUGGAUGUGCGGACAAAACGGGUCCGAUCCAUGUUGGGCCAUUCCAGCCCAGAGCACAAUGGAGCAGCAGAGUCCAACAGUUUGGGACAGAUCCUAAAUGGAGGAGAUUCACCAUUAGUUAAGCAAAUAGAAGAACAGAUCAAAAGAAAUGCAGGCAGUGAAUCUCGAGAUAGCCUACGAAAAUCAGUACUGGAGAAGAUGCCUUUCCUCCAGAAUGUGGAUGAUGAUAGUGAUGAGGAUGAUGACGAAUUGGACAGUGUUCAUUCAGAACUCUCAGUCACACAGAGGCUAAGCAAGAAACAAAGGAUAGGCACCGAGAUAACAGCUGCUGAUCCUGCCAUGGACUGUGAAACAGUGGAUGCUUUGAGUGAAUUUCACUUCCUGGAGACUGGAGAGGAAGAGGAAAGGGGUGAAGAUUCCAGAAGUUUGAGGGAUGACAAAGAGCUAGGAAAUCACCGCUCUAAGCUUCAAGAUGUGUUGACUAAUUUUACAGACAUUGAUGGCUUGCCUUCUAUUCCAGCUGGAAUGAUCGGUCAACCUAAGGCAAGCGAAGGUGUCCCUCUUGUAUUUCCCCCACAUGCUAACAAGCCAUUUAUACUGGGGGCGGAUAAUGCUGGAGAUGGCGAUAUGAGCCUUGGUGAGCUGGCAGACCUGACUGUCACUAAUGACAAUGAUAUUUCUGAUUGCAAAGAUGCCUUCAGGAAAACCUGGAAUCCGAAGUAUACAUUGCGGAGCCAUUUUGAUGGGAUCCGUGCAUUGGCGUUUCACCCAGUGGAGCCUGUGCUCAUUACUGCUUCUGAGGAUCGUACUCUGAAGCUGUGGAACCUGCAGAAAACAGUUCCUGCCAAAAAGAGUACUGCGUUGGAUGUGGAACCAAUUUAUACGUUCAGGGGACACGUAGAUCCAGUGUUAUCUUUAGCGGUUAGUUCAAAAGGGGACCAGUGCUUCAGUGGAGGACUUGAUGGCACAAUUUGCUGCUGGAAUAUUCCAAGCUUGAACAUUGAUCCAUAUGACACUUAUGAUGAGAGCAUUCUGUCCAGAACACUAAAUGGUCACACAGAUACGGUUUGGGGACUUGCAUUUAAUAUCCCAAAGAACCGCCUCAUUUCUUGUUCAGCAGAUGGAACUAUUAGGUUGUGGGACGCAACCGCAAAUCCAGCAUGUGUUAGUACGUACACCAGAGAGAAGGAAAAUGGAAUUCCUACCUCUGUUGCCUUUGUGAGUGAUCCUGAUCAUGCUGUAGCUUCCUUCACGAACGGCGAUGUGGUCAUAUAUGACCUGCAGGCAUUGCAGCCAGUAAUGACCCUGGAUUCUAAAACAUCUGACACUGCUGCUAAUCAGAUUAACCGAGUUGUCAGCCACCCCAAGCUGCCAGUAACUAUUACUGCGCAUGACGACAGGUGUAUUCGGUUCUUUGACAACAAGACAGGAAAAAUGAUCCAUUCAAUGGUUGCCCACUUGGAUGCAGUCACCUCUCUUGCUGUUGACCCUAAUGGAGUUUUCCUGAUGUCAGGGAGUCAUGACUGUUCAAUACGGCUCUGGAACCUGGACAACAAGACCUGCGUUCAAGAGAUCACAGCGCACCGAAAGAAGUAUGAUGAGGCAAUCCAUGAUGUCACCUUUCACCCGAGCAAAGCCUACAUUGCCAGUGCAGGAGCAGAUGCCCUUGCCAAAGUAUUCGUAUGACGCAAUAUCACCUCUCCGGUCUCAUUCCUGUGAGCAGACUGGUAUCUGCUCUUCUAUAAGGGUUGAUCCCACAUUUCUCCCGGAACGGUUGCCUUUGAAUCAGUGAAUGAAGAUAACUUCCCUCCAGCCAUGAAGUUCAGGAUCCUGGGUUUGCAGUGCUGGGUUGUUCCCCCUCCACAUAUUUCGUAGCAAAGCUCUAUUGGGGCCUGUCUUCACUGAACUCUACACAAUAUGUAUAUGUUUUAAACUUUAAAAGAAAAUUGCUUUGGUAAAUUUUGUAUAGGUACCCGAUCGUGGGCUGUGUGGAACAAGUAAAAGAAGUAGCAGAGUGUAGGUCAAACCAUAUAAAGGGGCGACAGCAGUUGUUGUGCUGGCAUAAGUUAUUUUUUAAUGUUGGACUACUUUUCUAAUGCAGCCUGCCACCGGUGUGAUUAAGUUUUCGUUCCCUGGCCAGUUAUCCAUCUUGUACCAAUUAAGCAUUGACUUGCUGGAAUACAGCAGCAGGCACAUGUCACAGAGAUACAGGUUCAUCACUCUUUGCCCUAUCCCUUCCCCAAUAGGGAGUAUUAUGAGGGGACAUACACGCAUAUGGACCAAGGAUCUCCAACUUAGGCUCAAAAGAAUAUGAAUGUAGUAACACACAGUUAGGGGGGGCUUGUAAGUUGCCUCUCAUUUCAUAAUCUGAGGAUCACUUAGCCUGACGGUGUUGAAUGUACUCUAUUAACAAAGGGUAGCUUUUAUAAACUAAUGCACCUAUUUGUCAUCCUCUGGGCAAUUUAAUUUAAAGCAAUUUUGAGAGAACCAUUUUCCAGGCCCUUCACCAACUCUAAAAGAUCAUUUUUUUGAGUGCUUCCUUUUGAGAAUGGAAAACCCAUGCUUUUCCAAUGUUUCUUCAUUACUUCAACUACUGACAGGAGAGGACAGCUUGAUUGCUCCAACUUUACUUUAAUCUGACAAGCACUCAACAAAGCAGUUUAACUGUGACUUCUUCCUCUGACUUUUAAUCUUUCACACUUUCAUUGGCUACUAAUUUGCAGUGAUUGGACAUGUUAAUAUCAGAUAACAGAGCACAGACAGGGAAUCAACCCUGGGGCUUUCCUGGCUUGUACGGCCCAGGUGUAAUACUUCAUGGCAUCAGGAUAAACAUUGUUGUGAACUGGGUAGGGAAUGUCACAUAUCUGCCUUUAGAGAAAUUGUGUUGGUACAGUUUGGGAAUGCAUUUUUUUUUUAAAGUUUAAAAAACAUCAAGUCAAAUUGAUGGUGGGUGAUCAGGAGAAUCCUGCACAAAUUCUACCCCUUUAGUGCUUUUUGUUCUAUGAGAAAAGAAUCGCUAGAGCUUAAAAUAGUUAAUGAAAGGAAUGGUACUUAGAAAUCUGCAAUUGCAGAUCCUGGUGAACUAAUCCUUUGCCACUUCUUCAGAGCUCAGCAUAUUAUACCAUUGUUCUCAUCCUGUUAUUCAGUAGUACAUUGAGUGGUGGUUAUGAGGGUUGCUGCAAUGGCUUUGAGAGUAUUAAGACGGAAGUAAUGCAAAACUCUGGGCAUUCCCCCAAAAUGCUGAUGCAAUGCAUUGAGUAAUUAACUGUGUCAAAAUAUAUUUGCUUUCUCCUUGGAUUUAUCAGUUUGCCACUUCUGCUAAAUAUGAUGGUUCAAAACAAAGUAUUUCUUAUCGUAAUAAGGACAAAUGCUCUCUUUGCUAAGUUAGUUGGUAAAUUUACAGGCGGCACGAUGGCACAGUGGUUAGCACUGCUGCCUCACAGCACCAGGGACCCGGGUUUGAUUCCAGCCUCGGGCGACUGUCUAUGUGGAGUUUGCACAU